AUGCCUUUUGAAUCGAGAAGAAGCGAUAGCCUAAGAUUUUACUUAUCUUGGCCAGGUCCGGAAGGAAGUCAUGCCGCCUUAAAAGAUCAAGACGGUGCUUUACGAAGCCUAGCAAGAGAAGACGUUUACGAUACCGAAGGCUUUGCAAAAGAUGGUCAUCUUUAUGCUAAAGGAACGAUUAAAGCAAAAGGUCUUCGAACUAUGCUAAGGCCUUUACCGAAACAAGUGGUUCAUUAUAGCGAAGAAAGAGAAGGGAAAAUACAAGUUGAUCACUAUUCUAUACUCUUGGAUUUCUUCUUUAGAUACGAUCAAUUCCUUUUCGACGUUGAGUCUAAGGACAUGAUAGCUAUUCAAACGCUUAUCGGACUGCUUCGGAUGACCCGGAUACUUAUAAGAGCUACUAAUUCGAUCGCCCAAUUCGUUAAGGUCAUCUACAAGAUCCUUAUAGACUGCAUUCCUAACGUUUGCUUGCUUUACAUAAAUGACGUAAGAGUUAAAAGAUCGCGAUCUUUUUAUAAUUACGAAGAAGUUUUGCCCGGAAUUCGACGAUUCGUCUUAAAGCACAUUUAA